GAUCAUGACGUUUGCAACAAGAGAGGAUGUAAUAAAAGAAGGAGACACAGUGAUAGUGAGAAGAGAGGGUACUCUUGAACCUCUUGUUGUAAAGCGAGACGCUCAGUACCAACUAACAGCUGGACUAUUCAGACACAACGAUAUCAUGGGUAAACCUUUUGGUUGCAAGAUGUAUUCCCACAACAAGAAGAGCACUAUAACCCUGCUAGCACCCAGUCCUGAGCUGUGGACCCUUUCUCUGCCUCACCGGACUCAAAUCCUUUACGCUAGUGAUAUCUCUCUGGUAUGUCUAAUGUUGGAGUUGUCUCCUGGCAGUGUGGUAGUGGAGAGUGGUACUGGUAGUGGCAGUUUAACUCACGCGCUAGCACGUGCUGUGGGGGAGUCAGGUCACGUGCACUCUCACGAGUUCCACAAGGAGCGGAGUGAGGUGGCUGCUGUGGAGUUUAAAUCUCACGGUCUCGACCACAUUGUUUCUAGUUACCAUAAGAAUGUUUGUGAGGACGGUUUUGCGGUGCAGGACGUUGCUGAUGCUGUGUUUUUAGAUCUGCCCUGUCCGUGGGAUGCCAUUAAACACACUAUCUCUGUGUUUGGUCCUGACGGAGGGAGGAUAUGCAGCUUCUCACCUUGUAUUGAGCAGGUUCAGAAGGCUUGCUCUGCUCUGUCAGAGGAAGGGUUCGAGGAAAUUCAGACAUUUGAGGGAAUAGAACGACAGUACCAGCUGAGUCGGAAGAGAAUUUGGGAGCCUUUUGUUGGAAACGAGCGACACAAGAAGUUCCGCUCAGAUCAGAGAAGUGGGGACAAAGCUUGUAAUGGGUGGUUAAAUGCGUAUGUGAAGGGCGGACCAAAGAAAGAUGGAGUAGGUCACACUGGUUACUUAACUUUUGCUACUCUUCCAGCUAAAGAUUUUGUUCAAAAUAUAGUUUUGGAAAGUAAAGAGGACGUUCAAAUGGCCGAGACGGAGAAAAGUGAAAACAGUUAAUUUUAAUCCUCAAAUUUUUAUAACUUUCUAACCUGUUUUAAUUUUUAAUUUAUUAUUCAUCAAAUGAUAGUGUAUUUUAGCUAUAUUUUAUCCACAG